GUCGGGUGGUUUAGGCUAAAUGUUAACGUGCACCGAUUAACGUUAAUCUUAAAGUAAAUUGAAAACACAGAAACCGAGAGUGUCCUGUGUUUGGGAUUAUAAACGGUGGGAGUCUGUUUCAGUAACCUUCGCACCUACCAGAUUUUUAGAUCGCCUGGACUACUGUUGUAAAAGAUGAGUGCUCAAUCAAAUACCAACAAUGAGUUUACGGAGCAGCUGCGGAUGCAGGAACUCUAUGGCCGGAAAAAUGAGGACGGCUCUGACGCUAAGACCUACACUGACCCAGAGGAUGGGACUGUGUAUGACUGGAACCAUGAAAAGAAGGCCUGGUUCCCUAAAAUAACAGAGGACUUCAUUGCAGCCUACCAGGCCAACUAUGGCUUCACUCAGGACGGAGCUCCAGAUGCCAACAUAGCUGCAGUGAGCAGCUCAAACCCGGCAGCCGCAAAACCAGAAAGCAAGCCCUCACAAAAGAAGAAACCAGGAGAUGCCGUCCAGAAACAGGACCCAGACCAGGAUGAAACCUCAUCUAAAGACGACAAACAGAAAGGAGAGAAGAGGAAACCAGAACCAGGAUGGUUUGACAUCGAGGACACUAAAAACACAAACGUCUACGUGUCAGGCCUGCCUCCUGACAUCAGCUCUGACGAGUUUGCUGAGAUGAUGUCCAAGUGCGGAAUUGUUAUGCGGGACCCCAUCACUGAAGACUACAAGGUCAAACUCUACAAGGACAAAGAGGGAAAUCUGAAGGGGGAUGGCCUCUGCUGCUAUCUCAAGAAGGAGUCGGUGGCGUUGGCUUUGCGUCUGAUUGACGAGUCAGAAGUCCGAGGUUACAGACUCCACGUAGAAGAAGCACGGUUUGAGCUAAAGGGCCAAUAUGACGUCAGCAAGAAGAAGAAGAAGAACAAAGAUUAUAGGAAGAAGCUGCAGCAGCAACAAAAACAGUUGGACUGGAGGCCAGAGAGGCAAGGAGAACUGAGGAAGAGGCAUGAAAAAGUUGUCAUCAUUAGGAACAUGUUCCACCCCAGUGACUUUGAGGAAGACCCACUGGAGUUGAAUGAGUAUCGUGAGGAUCUGCGGACGGAGUGUGAGAAGUUCGGAGAGGUCAAGAAAGUAAUCCUCUUUGAUAGACACCCAGACGGAGUGGCAUCAGUCGCAUUCAAGGAGCCUGAACAAGCCGAUGCAUGCAUUCAGUCGUUCAAUGGUCGCUGGUUUGGAGGAAGGCAGCUGAUUGCUGUGCUUUGGGAUGGAACAACAGACUAUCAGGUGGAAGAGACGACCCGUGAGCGGGAGGAGCGACUGAAGGGUUGGUCUACUUUCCUGGAGGGAGGCAAGCAGGGCGAGCAGAACAACACCGCCACACCAGCAGAGGGCGCCACCGCCGCCACCACUACCACCACCACCACCACCACUGACACCCCCACCGACAUCCCCACCACUACCGACACCCCACCGACACCCCCAUCGACAUCGACACCCCCACCACCACUACAGAACCCACAGAGCCCUCCAGCACCACAGAGGCUGAACAGCACCCAAAAACAGAACCACAGAAACAGAAACAGGAAGAGGAAGCAGACUCUACAGACAGCAGCCUGGCAGGAAGUGAUGAUGAGCAAGCCUAGAUACUUGCAUGCACAUCUUCGGUCCCCCUGGCAACCAACUAGGACAGUCCUGUUCGAAUGAGAACCGUGGCAAACCUCCGUGUGAACAGGCAGGGGGAGGAGGAGGCAUUUGGAAAGUUUAAGCUGUUUUGUAAUGUAGAAAAAUAAAAUUAUGAUUUUGCUUCCCUAUUUUCAUCAUUUAUCGAGCGCAGAUUUCCCUGAAUUUUAGUGUAAUUACAGUUUGUUUACAGGGUUGUUUUUAAAAACCUUAAAAUACUAAUGAAUUACAAAAGAUAACGGACUGAAAUUGUGUUGGAUUUAAGUUGUAUAGGAUUGUUCAGCUUCAGUACUCAUUACACUUUUUUCUUUUUAAAUGCCAUCAAUUCCCUCUGAUUUGUUAUACUUACCAGAAUAUGAGUAAAAAAUAAUUGUUUCUCUUUUUGUACUCUGGGUUUU